CGUGGUUUGGUUUGUUUUCCCGGGGUCCUCAGGCUUUGGUCUCCGAGACAGCGGUGCUGGCCCUGGAGAGCCCGUGCUGGCCAUCCCAGAGCAGUGAGAGUCAGGGCAGGGCAGCUGCUCAGGGUCAGAGGGAUGCCAGCUCGCCCUUGGGGACCAAGGAGACGUGCAGCCGGGCAGGGAAAUUGAUCGGAUGGGGCAGGCUGUCAGCUGGGUGAAAUGUAACCAGCGUGGGAUGGUGAGGCCAUCGCCAACCAGGCCAGGGAGAUUCAUUCAAGAGGGUCAUCAUGAUCCCUUGGAGAUUCUCCAUCAGGACUUACCUGUCUCACCUAAGGCGCUUUGAAGUCAGGCAGAACCCUUGUUUGCUUAGAUGGAGAUACAGAGAGGUCAUCUACCAACCCAGUUCCAGAAUCUGCUGGCUUCUUUGGGGCACCCUACCCAAACUCGUUUUGACUUCAGGAGGAAUCGUUACGGUGUCCCCUGGAAGCCGGGGUCAGAGAAGUACAUCUAAGAGUACCCCUGAGGCAGUCAGGUUGGCAGGCAACAUUCCCAAAGCUGGGUUCGUGAAUUGCCUUUUACUGAACGUUGCCUUUGGCCUCCGAAUCUGGUUCCGGGCCUGUGUUCUGCUGGUGAAAUUCACCCCUCUUCUUCUGCUCUACCCUUUCACCUACCUGGUUCCCAACUUCUACACCCCCUGGUUGAAUUGGCUUCUGAUGGCUACGGAGUCCUCUGGUCCCACUUACAUCAAACUGGGCCAGUGGGCAAGCACAAGGCGGGAUCUUUUCUCCGAAGAGUUUUGCACCAAGUUCUCCCGGCUGCACGUUCAGGUGGCUCCCCACACGUGGGCUCACACUCAGCACUUGCUCCAAAAGGUCUUUGGGAACGAGUGGGGGCGAGCCCUUCACUUUGAGAGUCAGGAGCCAGUGGGCUCAGGCUGUGUGGCCCAAGUGUACAAAGCUUAUGUUGACACUGCCUUCCUUGACCAUGCCUGCUUCCAGAAACUUGUCGAGGCCUCCAGGGGGACCUCCUCUUUUGAAGCCUGGGAGGUGGCAGGGCUGGGGAGGCUCUUAGGGUAUUUUUGGAACGGGCAGAAGCUUAAAGAGACAUUGACAGAACAAGCUUUUACAGAUCUACUUCUCCCCAUGUCCUACCUGACCGCAUCAAAACGGGACACAUCCCUCACCCCAUCUGCUGACUGUCGGCAUGGGCCAAAACACCUCAUCCCAGCAGCUAUUAAAGUGCUACAUCCUGGGCUCCUUGCCCAAGUACAGGUGGACUUGGUACUGAUGAAGACAGGCAGUCGCAUCCUUGGGCUCAUCCCAGGAAUCAAGUGGCUCAGCUUGACAGAGAUAGUAGAAGAGUUUGAGAAGCUCAUGGUCCAACAGAUUGACUUGCGUUAUGAAGCCCGGAAUCUAGAGUGCUUCCAACACAAUUUCCUGGAUGUGAAUUUUGUCAGGUUCCCUACCCCUCUGCAGCCCUUUGUCACCAGAGAUGUUCUGGUGGAAACAUUUGAAGAGAGUGUGCCUGUGUCCUGUUAUCAGAAGUCAGAGAUUCCUACGAAGCUGAAGGGGAAGAUAGCGAAGCUGGGGAUAGACAUGCUUCUGAAGAUGGUAUUUGUUGACAAUUUUGUCCAUGCUGACCUACACCCUGGGAACAUCUUGGUCCAGGGUGCAGACUUUCCUAAGGAGAGUCAAGUGGGCCAGAGGAUGCUGGGGAACAUGUAUGACACCCUGAUGUCAGAAGUACGACCUACUUCUUCCCCACUGAGGCUGGUCCUGCUGGAUGCAGGUAUAGUGGCGGGGCUGCAGGUGGCCGACCUGGAGAAUUUCCGGGCAGUCUUCACAGCAGUGGCCAUGGGGCAGGGUGAAAGAGUGGCCGAGCUCAUCUUGCAUCAUUCGAGGGCCAAUGAGUGCCAGGAUGUGGAGAGAUUCAAAACCGAGAUGGCUGUGCUAGUGACCCAGGCCAGGAAGAACACCAUUACCCUUGAAAAGCUCCAAGUAUCAAACCUGCUCUCCAGUGUCUUUAAGCUGCUGAUGACCCAUAAGGUCAAGCUCGAGAGUAACUUCGCCUCGAUUGUCUUUGCCAUCAUGGUGUUAGAAGGGCUCGGCCGAUCACUGGAUCCCAAACUGGAUAUCUUGGAGGCAGCCAAACCCUUUCUUAUAAAAAACUCAACGUUUCCCCCCUGGCUGCAAUGGUGAAGGCAUAGGGCUUCACCAGCUAAAUGCCAACAUCACUCAUGAGGCUCUCGGGGUGACAGCCAGGGCGCCAUCUUUCUUUCAUUCUGGGUUGGUUCCAAGAAGGCCAACUGCUAGAUUCUGAGACAAAAGUACGUAGGGAGAGGAACGCAUCUCACAGAAGACCCUAAAUACUAGUGCUCUAUUAAGCAAUGCCAUACACACACACAUACACUUUCUGUCUGGCUAUCUGUCUCCUUCUGUUAGGCUUAAGGUCCAUGGCAGCUAGAUGGAAAAGUGAAUAGAGUCUAGACUUGGUCUCAGGAGGGAUGAGUUUGAAUCCUGUCUCAGAUUUGUGUGACCCUGUGCAAUUUACUUAUCCUCCCUCAGCCUCAGUUCCCUCAUCUGUAAAAUGGGGAUAAUAACGACCUACCUCACGGGGUGUUGGGAAGAUCAAAUGAGUCUGUAAAAUACACAGUGCCUGGCAACAUAAUAAACAAACAAAUAAAUGCUUUUGUGAUUAAGUUGGGUGGUACUAGGCAUUAUUUAGGAUAACAUUGUGUAUUAGGGUAGUACUGUUAUUAAGGUAUUCCUAUCUUCCAAUAAUCCCAUACUCAGCUCUUCAAGAAGAUAACAUAAGGGAAUGCAGAGAAGUUGAGGGGGAUGUUGAAGAUCCACCUUUGGCACCUACGAGAUUGUAAGCUCUAGGAGGGCAGGGCUGGUAUUACCUAAAUUUGCAUCACUUUAAUUGCAAUGACUACUUUUGGUCCCAGAGUAUGGAAUGUGAAAUAUACUUUACUUGUCUCUGGGUAGAGAGUUGGGAGAUUAUGGGAAUAGUAUUGCAUAUGUAGACAAAUGCUAUAUUUACUUAAUUUCUUUGUUAAAAGGAGAGUGUGUGAGUGUGUGUGUGUGUGUGUGUGUGUGUGAGAGAGAGAGAGAGAGAGAGAGAGAGAGAGAAGGAAUAGGGGCUUUGGGGUAUGACUGAUUCUGAUUUAAAAAGCAGAAGUCUAAAAAAAAAGCUUAAAAAAAUUGUAACCUUCCCACUACCUAGUAUGGUGCUUUCAGAGUAGCAGGGACUUCAUAAAGGAUUUGUUGAAUAGAAUUGAAUAGCUGGACCUGCUGGACAGUCAGAAAAUACCAUAUUGGUUCAGAUAUGGGCCACCCUCCAUCCUCCAUCUCUACCCCAACAUGGAGUUUGUACGAAACCCUGUCCUUAUAUGCUCCUUAAAAGAGAAUGAUUCAAGUGAUAAAGGUGAAAUAAACAGUGACAAGAAUACAUAAAACAGCUUUAUCUGAAUUAAAAGAAAUGUAAAAUUGAAUGUUCACAGUAAACAUUUUUAU